AUGUCAGCCAGAGACGGUGUUUCGACCAUCCAUGGCAUUCCUACAAAAUAUGUCUCUCUCCUCACGCUCGUUGUCCAAAACUCCUCCCUCGUCCUGGUUAUGCGAUAUUCCCGAAUCCUGCCCGGUCCGAGAUACCUGAGCUCAACCGCCGUGGUGCUCUCCGAAGUCCUUAAAUGUAUAAUAUGCUUGUGCGUCCAUGUCAGCGACCAACGACACCAACACCGGUCCUCACAGCUUCCGACCCUCUCCGACGACGCCCCUUCACACUUGAACCCGACCAGCUACGGUCUCAAGCAACUAUGGACGGAUAUCUUUAGUGUUAAAAGUGGCUUUUUCAAGCUCCUCGUACCCGCCAUCUUAUACACCCUGCAGAACAACCUCCAGUUUGUUGCUGCCACCAACUUGGAUGCCGCCACCUUCCAAGUCACCUAUCAAUGCAAGAUCCUGACCACAGCCCUGUUUGCGGUGUUGAUGCUGGGCCAGAGCCUGUCAGCUCAAAAGUGGUUAUCCCUUGUCAUCCUCACGGCCGGAGUAGCCUGUGUGCAAAUACCUUCGUCGACAGCCGCGGUCAACACACAGCAAGGCAAUUAUGUGGUUGGGAUUAUUGCUGUGGCCAUUGCCUGCAUUUGUUCGGGAUUCGCAGGUGUCUACUUCGAAAAGGUCCUCAAGAACGGCCAGCCCUCGUCCAUCUGGGUUCGCAACAUCCAGCUGAGCGUCGGCUGUCUGGCCAUUGCUCUGACCGGGGCACUGGUCUGGGAUGGUCAGGCCAUCCGGGAGAAGGGCUUUUUCCAGGGUUACAACUCUGUGGUUUUUGCGACUGUCUGCAUCCAGGCGGCAGGCGGCCUCAUUGUGGCCAUGGUCAUCAAGUACGCCGACAACAUCCUCAAGGGUUUCGCCACCUCCCUCUCCAUCAUCCUCUCCACCGUUGCCUCCAUCUUCAUCUUCAACUUUGUUCCCACGAUUUAUUUUCUGUUUGGUUCCAUAUUGGUGUUCUUGGCCACCUAUUUGUACAGCGUCCCCGAAGCGCCUAGAGCCAUUGAGAGUACCGCUGCAGACCCAUCCGAAAAGAAUCCAAUUCUCGUGGUGGAAGAUUACGACGUGGAAAACGGAUCGAGUUCGAGUACCAUGCAGAGGCCGUUUCGAGAUGACAGCGAUCCUGAGUCGAGCGACGAAGCCAGUCAAGACAGCAUCAGCAUCUACGAGCCGGACGAUGGCAACUAUUCUCGAAACUUUUCGCCGUCGUUGAUUUCGGCUUCCACAAUGGAAAAGCAAAUGCUCCCAGAGUUGGGUCAUGUGGCGUGA